AUGGACCGGUCGAUCAACUUCCGAGGCAUCGCCGGGAGCGCCGGCAACAUCAUGCAGGGAAUGGGGAAAUUCGUUUUCGGCAACGAGGGGAUCGAGUCCAAGGAAGAUAGCUACGUCGAGAGAUAUCUUGACCGGAUAAGCAAUGGCACGAUACCUGAUGACCGGAGGUCUGCCAUGACCGAGUUGCAGUCUCUUGUGGCAGAAAGCCGCUCGGCACAGAUGUCGUUUGGAGCAAUGGGUUUUCCUAUCCUCCUCAAUAUUUUGAAAGAAGACCGCGAGGAUGUAGAGCUUGUGAGAGGUGCCCUUGAGACCUUUGUGAGCGCAUUGACUCCUAUUGAGACGUCACAAGGGCCAAAGACUGAGGUUCAACCGGCGUCGGUGAACUCUGAUCUGCUGUCUCGAGAAACGGAGAAUAUUUCUCUUCUUUUGAGCUUAUUGUCAGAGGAAGACUUUUAUGUGAGAUACUACACAAUCCAGCUUCUAACAGCUCUACUUACAAACUCGCUGAAAAGGUUACAGGAAGCAAUUCUAUUGAUUCCUCGUGGUAUAACAGUUCUAAUGGACAUGCUUAUGGAUCGUGAGGUCAUAAGGAAUGAAGCACUGUUACUUCUUACUUAUUUGACUCGGGAUGCAGAGGAAAUUCAAAAAAUUGUUGUAUUUGAGGGUGUGUUUGAGAAGAUAUUUAGCAUUAUCAGGGAGGAGGGCUAUUCUGAUGGAGGUGUAGUUGUUCAGGAUUGCCUGGAACUGCUAAAUAAUUUAAUUCGACAUAGUGCUUCGAAUCAGAUGCUUUUGAAAGAGACAAUGGGCUUUGACCCAUUGAUAUCAAUACUAAAGAUUAGGAGAGGCAGUGCAUUUAAUUUUACCCAACAGAAGACAGUAAAUCUCCUCGGUGCUUUAAAUACUGUGGAAUUGCUUUUGAUGGGGGGCCCAUCCAGUGAAGCAGGUAAAGAUGCUAACAAGAACGCAAAUCAAACUGCAUUGGCUCAGAAAAACAUUCUGGACCAUCUUCUUUUGUUGGGUGUUGAGAGUCAGUGGGCCCCUGUCGCCCUCCGCUGUAUGGCACUGCGAUGUAUUGGCAAUUUGGUGUUAAGAAAUCCUCAGAAUCUUGAUUCUCUUGCAAGAAAGCAUGUUGGAGAAGAGCCUCAUGUUCAACCUGCACUGAAUGCUAUCUUCUCUAUAAUCUUGCGGACCUCUAUAACGCAGGAAUUUGUUGCUGCUGAUUAUGUAUUCAAGUGUUUCUGCGAGAGAAAUCCUAAUGGCCAGGCAUUAUUAGCAUCAACUAUUGCUCCACAUCCGAACCAAGGAGAUACGCAUGGACCUGCUAGUGACAUGCCUUUUGGAAGUGUACUUCUGCAAGCUCUGGUUUCAAGUGAUGUCAAUGGAGAUAUGGAGGCAUGUUGCAGAGCAUCUAGCGUUCUUUCUCACAUUAUCAAGGACAACUUGCAAAGCAAGGAUCAUGUAUUGCAAAUUCAGCUUGAGACACCUACACCGUCCUUGGGGCGCACUGAGCCAGUAUUGCAUCGUAUUGUCACAUGUUUGUCCAUUGCAGCUUCAACAGAUGGAGAAAACGACCAAAACAACCAACCAGAACCGUACAUUCAACCUGUUAUUCUUCGGCUACUCAUCAUAUGGCUUGUUGAUUGUUCAAAUGCUGUCAACUGCCUUUUGGAAUCAGCAGUGCAUCUGAACUACAUAAUAGAGCUUGCUUCAAGUAAACGUUACACUGCUUGUGUUCGUGGACUGGCUGCUGUUGUUCUAGGUGCUUGCAUCCUGUACAAUGCUAGCCGUGAGAAGGGUCGUGAUGCCUUUGCUGUUGCAGAUGCUAUAAGUCAAAAGAUUGGCCUCACAACAUACUUUUUGAGAUUUCAAGAGAUUGAAGAGGAUGAAACAAAUAAAGACGAUCAACACCCUGUCCUCUCAGAAAUAUUUGAUUCACAGUUUGUUAAUUUCCUUAAAGAAGCAGGGGAGGUCGAUGGAGAGUAUAUCAAGCGACUAAAGUCAUUUGUAGAGAAACAGUGCAAUGAGAUGCAGGACUUACUAGCUCGAAAUGCAAUGUUAGCAGAAGAGUUAGUGAGAACUGGUGGUGCCACCACAGAUACUUCACACAAACCGAGCAGUGGCCGAGAAAGGGUCCAGAUUGAAGCCCUCAGACAAGAACUGGAGGGAGCGAAACGACAGAUAGAGGCACUCAAAGCUGAGAAGUCCCAGAUUGAAGCUGAAGCUAACAACCAAAGAAACCUUUCAGUAAAACUGGAGUCUGAUCUCAAGAGCUUGUCAGAAGCUUACAACAGCAUAGAGCAGGCCAACUACCGCUUGGAUGCCGAGGUAAAAACCUUGCGGCAGGGAGGCAGUGUGCCGUAUCCUGACGUGGAAGCAAUAAAAGCGCAAGCCAAGGAAGAGGCUGAGAAGGAUAGUGAGGCAGAACUGAAUGAUCUACUCGUCUGCCUCGGCCAGGAACAAACUAAGGUUGAGAAGCUGAGCACAAGGCUGGCAGAGCUCGGUGAAGAUGUGGAUACCCUUCUGCAAGGUAUUGGCGAUGACACUGCCAUUCCGGAUGAUGACGAUGAAGAUGAAGAUGAAGAAUAG